AUGACCCUGAUUUGGGGAAGGCGCCUCUGCAAGCAGACUCGGACGCUGUUCGGCCAGAUGGACGACCGCGGCAAGGUCUGCGCGGUGUGGCCCGUGCUGAGGGCGAAGGUCGAGGAGCUCGGCCUCGGCCACGGGGCGGUGCGGGCCCUGGAGAGGUGGCGCGGCGACGUCACGAGCAUGCCGCAGCUUGCCGGGCUCCCCAUGAGCGUGCGCCAGCUGAAUCGGAGCCACUCGAGUGCGCUGGACAAGACGAGGCUCUCCGACCUGUGCGCGCAGCCCAUCCUCCCGGACUGCGUCGCGGAGCGCACGGAGCGUCUGCUCGCGGAGCUGAGGAUCAUUGCAUCCGUGACCAGCAAGCUGACGAGGCCGGGCGCGCCCACGGCUGUCGAUCAUGACUAG